AUGCCGGUUUCCUUCGACUUCACCACAUUCUCAGAUACCUCGGAUGUAACAAUGGAAGACUACUUUGGCUUCGUUGCAGGACCUUCCGCAUCUGACAACAAGGCAUGGAUCUUUCACCCUGGUGCAACUAACCACAUGAUCGGAACUCAGGUUAUCAACCCCUCACCUUACAAUGGAACAGUCACUGUUGGCGGCGGGCGAAGGCUACAGAUAACCGGAAUUGGAAACGUCACCAUCAACGGAUCACAUGGCCCCAUUACUCUGCAGAACGUAUUUUUAAUCCCAGAACUCGGCAACACCAACCUAAUGUCUUGGUCAUGUAUUGCUAAAAAGGGAUUUACAACGACAGGGACUGAAAACGGCUUUACCAUUUACAAACCAAACAGCAAGGAAAUCGUUGGGAUCGCUAACGCAAAUAGUAAUGGUCUUUACAUUUUUGAAACCAAGGAACUUUGCGCACAUAUCUCCAUCGCUACCAGUUUCUAUGACUGGCACCAACGAUUCGGACAUCUCCCCGCUUCCUCGCUCUCACGGUUACGCAACAUGAUCGCCGACCCAAAGUCUCUCCCCACAACAGGUCACAUGGAAACAUGCAACACAUUUGAACUCGCUAAAUCUACCAAAUCCCACCUCGCUCCUCUUACCGAACCACGAUCCAAACAAUCACUAGAACUAAUCCACUCAGAUCUGAGCGGCAUGUUUUCCACUCCUUCUCUUGGCGGUUGUAGUUACUAG